UCAGCAAUGGAUCUGUUGACAUUGGCCUUAGCGCUGAUUGUCAUUGCUGCCGUAUAUUAUUAUUUCAAAAAGAAACUCUCGUAUUUUGAGGAGCGGCAGGUGCCUUACGUGCCAGGAUGGCCCUUAUUAGGAAACAUGGCAAGCUCGGUUUUCCGAAUCAAACACUUUUCCACAAUGAUGUGCGACUUUUAUAAUUCGCAUCCAGACGCCAAGUACAUUGGCAUAUUCGACUUUGGCAAUCGGCCAAUGAUUUUCUUGCGAGAUCCCGAGUUAAUCAAAUCGGUGACAAUCAAGAAUUUCGACCAUUUCCAGAAUCACAAUGUGGUUUUCGACGAGCAGUUGGAUCCACUUUUUGGUGGGAAUUUACUGAGUAUGCUGAAUGAACGCUGGCGCGAAGCGCGUAACUUGUUGAGCCCAGCGUUCACGUCCAGUAAAAUGAAAGGUAUGUUUGAAUUUAUGGUUGAAUGUACGAAUAACUUCAUCAAUUAUCUAUCCGAGCUUCCGGACAAUAAAAGGAGAGCUAUGGAUACCAAAGAUCUAUUUACGAAAUACACCAACGACGUAAUUGCCACUUGUGCCUUUGGUAUCAAUAUUGAUUCUUUGAAAAAUCCAAAUAAUGAAUUUUACGUUCUCGGAAGAAGGGUUACUAAUUUUGAUGGUAUCGCUAUGCUAAAGUUUUUCUUGGCAAGACUGUCGCCGCAACUGUGUAAACUGUUGAACAUCAAGUUUAUUGACGACGCUGCUGCGAAAUUUUUCAAAAAUAUCAUAUCCGAUAUGGUAAAGACAAGAGAUGAAAAAGGAAUUAAUAGACCAGAUAUGAUUCAAUUGAUGAUGAAUGCAAGAAACACGGAUAAAAAAUAUCUCAAACUCGACCUCAACGAGAUGACAGCGCAAGCAUUUAUUUUCUUUUUCGGUGGUUUUGAAACAACUUCCUCGCACAUGUGCGUCAUGGCUCACGAAUUAGCAAUCAAUCCAGACAUUCAAAAAAAAUUACAAGAUGAAAUUGAUAGUGUCAUGGCCAAAAGCAAAGGAAACCCUUCAUAUGAAGAUAUUUUGGAAAUGCAGUAUCUAGAUGCAGUUUUCAAUGAGGCACUGCGGAGACAUUCGCAAGCAUCGGUUUUGGACAGAGUCUGUCAAAAACCGUUUGAGUUACCACCAGCAUAUUUAGGAGGAAAACCGUUUGUCAUACAACCGGGUACAAAUAUUUGGUUUUCAGCAUCCGCUAUUCAUAUGGAUCCAAAAUACUACGAGGAUCCGUACAAAUUCGAUCCUGAACGCUAUUUUCAAAAAAAAGUGACCAUCAACGAUGUGUUGAAUCUUGGAUUUGGGAUAGGCCCAAGAAGUUGCAUUGGAAACCGCUUUGCCAUUUUAGAGACCAAAGUUUUAUUUGUCUACUUGUUAAGCAAAUUCAAUCUGGUUGCUAAUGAAAAAACGUGUUCACCUUUAAAGUACAAUACGUCAACGUUUGCUAUAAAACCAGAUGGAGGAUUUUCUCUGUCGAUUGAACUACGAAAUCGAAAGAUAUAAAAAAACUAACGGAAUUUACAACAACGAUGAUUUUCCAACGUUAAAAAUAUCAUUUUAAGUAAUUUAACAUAUAACCACUGUUACAAAGUUUAUAAGUAUUGAUACUUCCGUUUCUACAGAACUACGCCAUCAGAUGUUUUUCAAGUGUCAAUAACAAUAAUUUUUUAAUAUUAUUAAAAAAAACAUGUCUCAUUUCCCAUAUUGUAAUGUCUUGAUUGAGAUCGGUUUACUGUUCAAAUUUUUGGAAAAAUUAAAUUUAAAGUUAUAUAUUCUGUAAUUUUAUUAAAAAAUGUUGUUAUUAAUAAUGUGAAAAUGUUACUUUGAAAAAUCUCUGAUUCCAAAUUUCUUUUUCCGGAGAUAAUAAAAUGUGUCUACAUUCCGUAAACUGUCAUACCAAUUGGUAGGCUAGGAAAUCAUACAUUUAUUUACCACCAAUUAUACGAUGGAUAGCCAAUUAUAUUUUUAGUGUAGCUGUUGAUUUUUUGAAGAACAUAAAAAAAGACUGUUACAUCUUUGGAAUUAAAAGUGUAGUUUUUGAUGGUUUUAAAGCGACCAAGUUCUAUUUUGUUCAAUAAUCUCGUUGACUACUCAUACGACUAUUCAAAAUAAAGACAUCAUUAGAGUUUUUAAAGCACAAUACACAGUUUGGUUGAAAGAAGAAAUAAAAAAGAAGGCAUUAGUGGACCAGAUAUCAACACAAGAGCUGUAAAACUUACUAUGACAACAUUGCAAGCAUUUGCUUUUUUCAUUGGUGGCUUUGAUACUACUUCCACGCAGAUCUGUAUUAUAGUUUAUGAAUUUGUAAUAAAUCCAGAUAUCCAAAAGAAAUUACAAGAUAAUAUCGACAAAAUUAUGGAUAAGACAAGAAUUUAGUUUAUUGAUUAAACGCAAAAAUAAAAUAAUCUGUAGUACUGGUACUAUUGAAAUCUUUGUAAAUUUAUGUAAGGGGUAAAUACAAAAAGUUAUUAUUUAUUAAUAAAAUUAUACAAUAUUGAUAUUAAUAUUUAUUGUUUAUAGUUAAUAAGUUUGAGUGAAUAAUCAAGUAUAAAAAAAAAUGUUAAAAGUUGUAUUAUUUAUCUAUGAAAAAGGAAUUAAAAC